UGGGAUCCGCAGUUCGAAGUGGCCGGACUUUUCUGCCGUGUUUGCCGCCGUUUUCCCAGAAGGCCCUGCGGGGCGGCCGUUGCUAAGCAGCGGGAAGCGCCGCUGGGGUCGCGGUGGGCCGCGGUGCAAGGAUGAAGCAGAAGAAGCCCAAGGGCGGCCCGGCCCGGCCCGGCCCCAGCCGAAGACGGAGGGGUCUCAGUGAUAUCUCUCCUUCUACAAGCUUGCCACCUCUCGUAGAAGGUCAGCUGCGCUGCUUUCUGAAGAUGACUGUUAACAAAAUCUUGUGGACGAUAGCCAAGCCACCUGCUUCCGUCCUCAUCCGAGUCAGGUGGUGGGGAGAAACCUCAGAUGGCACAGUCUUUGUUCCACGGGAUACCUCGCAGGCUGAGCAAAAAGCACUUAAAACCACUACUCGCUACCCAAUCCGGUGUGGACCAAAACAGUUUGCCUCCUACCUGACAGAUAUGGGCACCCUUAUCCUGGAAGUCAUGACCAAGUCUGAUCACCUUCCAAUUGGGCGGACUCAACUCAGUGGGCUGGCCCAGCUCUCUCCAAGCCACCCGCUCAGCGGAUUUUUCACCAUUGUUUCGCCCACAUCAGAAAAGAUGGGAGAGCUGCAGGUCUCACUGGUUCUGGAACCUCUGUCUGAAACCUUUGGCAGCAGUAACUCCAUCCCAAAUGCAGACGUGAGCUUCAGUGCUGGUUUGUCUGCCCAGGGAGCCAAAGAAGUAGCUAAAUCUGGCCAGCACAUUGCCCCGUCACCACUUCACCAGCCGCCUGGCACGAGCGUCAUUGGAGGAGAGUCCUGGAAUGGUAGCAGGGCCUCCACACCAAGGGGAAAGGAUCACCUGUACUUUCAAGAGAACUCUGAGAAUAUCAGAGAAGGCUUCUUUGGACCUCAGCAGCACCUGAUCCUGGGGCAGAACGAUCCCCUGAAGGCCAGUGCUCCCAAGCAACAGGAAUGGUUUCCCAGGAACUCUGAUGAUGAAGCUCAAGUUAAGUCAGCUGGGGGGAGUCCACGUCCAGUCCGUGUCCUUUCUUGCAACGCCCCAGCCACAAAAGACCUCCUCUCCGCCCUUUUGGAUCAAGGCCACAGGCUUCGAGAGGCCAUGGUGGUGUCAGCCAUGAAGUCCAGUCUAGACCUGAACGCCGCUCAUCCUCCUGCAGAGCAAGACAUUGGCAAGCUUGCCCGAAAGAAUCUUAAAAACCUGACUACUGGCCUCGUAUCUACCGCUGAAGAGCCUCUGCAGCCACAGGAUGAUUGCUCGCAAUUCGAUCUGCACUCUGAAGACCGAGCAAUCCAGCUCUUGCUGGGCAGUGCCGAUUUUUCUCCUGUGCGCCAUGUGGAUGGUACCGGCUCCCCUCCAGAGUCCGUCUCUCUUGGGAGUGAGGUGUACGACAGCGAGCUGAACGACCCCCACUAUGACCAAAGUCUCUUGGAGAAUUUGUUCUACACAGCUCGAAAGUCUGAUAGUAGUUUGAGUGACUUCCUCAGUGAAGAGGAGGAUGGUGUUCCUUCUGGAAAACUGAACCGAUCUCAGUACAGCAAACUGCAGAAGUCACCAAAAGCUUUGGAAUCUAGCUCCUUGGAUCAGAAAGGGAAGGGUGUUGAGACAAAAUUCAGUAGUUCUCUUGCUAGACCACUUCCUCUUCAUGAAACUUCCAUGGAAUCUGCAGGGGAAAACCAAGCUGUCAACUUAAGUCUUGACAGGCUGACAGUGCUGGGUCGGAUCCGCUUGGCAAGAGCAGUAGUUGAGAACUUAAAAAUCCCCCCUGAGGACCCCACGCCAAGUACCCCAGGCAAAAAAAGCUGCACCGGAAAACCACCUAGGCCAGCAUUGCCUAAAAAGAGGACUUACUUUGUCGAGUACCACUUUCCAGUGGCAGCUUCAAAGACUGGAACAGGACAGGUUGCCAUAACUACCGAAACAGUGCGGGUGGCUUCCAGUAAAACCGCAGGGGAAGUGGUGAAGUUUCAGCAGCGGUAUGUGUUCCCCAUUCACUUCGGUGGCUUGAUGAUCACACAUUGGUGGGACUCAGACCUCGAGUUUAACAUCUAUGUGAAAAAAGGUGCACAAAGGAAGCCUUUGCUGGUUGGCUCAGGAGCUCUUCCUCUGCGAGACGUGAUUCAGUCUGAGCAACUCAUGGUCAGCUGCGCAUUGCCAGUGAAGGAAGAUGGUGCUCCAGCCCGGCUAGGCCCCUUAAAGGUGUCACUGGAGCUUGCAGCUGACAACAAAGACUUCUCCAGCAUCAAUGCCAGGGCAGGAAACCUGGCACAGCAAGCUCCGGUGUACACUGCGAGGAGCCCUGGGGUAACGCUUCCAGCUGCUGACAGGAGAACCGCCCCUGCUGAAAGCCCCUGGCUCCCGAAAGAAGGCAAUUGCCCCUCCUCAAAGAGAAGCCAGGAAUCUUUGCCUGCAGAUCCAGGACAGCUGCGCGUAGACAUUGGCCAGCCUCACGUGCCCACGCCUGCAUCCCGGAACCUGCUGAACCAGCUAAGCGCCUGUGAAGAGGAAGGGCUGCUGCUGCACGUCCUGCUGAUGGUCCCGGAAGGGCAGGUCUCUGUUCCCCGGGAUGCUGGGCGCCACGGCUCUUGCAACUUGUAUCUCAACUGCAAACUUUUCAGCACGGAAGAAGCCACAAGGUCUGCUGUUGUAUGGGGGACCACGCAGCCCAAGUUCCAUUUUUCCCAGGUGACUCCCAUUUCACUGACACCUAAACAUCUGGAGAGGCUGAAGAACAACGUCAUGGUGAUAGAAGCUUGGAAUAAGGUGCACAGCCCCAGGGGAGACCGACUGCUUGGGCUGGUGAAGCUCCCACUGCACCAGUUCUAUGUUUCAUUCAAGGACCCCAAGAUUUCCGGCCUGCUGCUUCAGGCCCAGUACCCGGUGCUGGCGGUGGAUGGCUCUGUGCCAGUAGUUGAUGUCUUCACUGGCAACCAAAGCGGGAGCCUGAAGGUCAUUCUGGCCAUGGGUUCUGCCGACCAGAUCGUGGCGCUGCAGAGGUUGAAGAAUGAAGAAGGGGUGGUGCCUCCUGUUGUGCUGCGUCCCCCACAUUCUCUGGAUUCCCUUGCCGCCCCUCUUCCGAAGCCAGCAGACCGAGAACGGGAAGGCCUGAUGGAGCAUAUUUUCGAGAUCCGCAUUGAGAGCGUCAAGGGACUCACUCCCCUCCAGUCUACCGUCUGGGGAGAGGCCGACUGUUACGUGCAGUACCACUUCCCAGUUCAGAAGCUGGAAUCCGACAUGCUGCAUGGGAAUGCUCUACACGAGAGGGGCCUGGAGCUCCAGCCUUUCCGCUCAGCAACGACCUUGUGCGUCCCGGACCCCGCCUUCGACGACGUCCGCCUGCACUCGCUGUCGCUUCCUGCUGAUGCCCCCGUCCAGCGGCUCCUGCUCAGUGCUUUCUCGGCACAAGGACUGGCAGGCGGAGGAGGAGUGCAGUUUGAGAUCUGGUGCAGGUAUUACUACCCCAAUGUCCGGGAGCAGAUGGUGGCCAGAGGAACCCUGCCGCUCUCACGCCUGUGCGCCAUGGUGACGAUGCGGCACAGGGAGGAAGUGGGGCUCCAGACCUUCAGCCUGCCCUUGAUCCCGAGAACGGAGGGCUCAGGGGAGCUGCAGCCACGGUCCUCAGGUUUGCUUGACGUGAGCAUAAAGUACAGACGUUCCCCAAAAGUAACCAAAGGUGUCCUAGCAGCUCAGGUGGUUUCUAUUUCUGUUCAGAUACACUCAGCAGCUGGUUUGCAGGCAGCAGCAAGGGCUCUGGUGGAAAACAACCCGUCACUUCAGUACAGCGCAGAGGUCGGAGUCAAUGCCUAUGUGUCUGUCCAAGUCCCCUUCCUCCCCAAGGCAGAGAGGCGCCUCACGCGAGCUGUGGCUCGUACGUUCUGCCCGGAGUUCGAGCACCACACUGAGUUCCCGUGCAAUCUCAUGGUGCAGCGAAGCAGCGGGGAAACCUGUUGUCUGGGGGAGCUCUUGCAGCUUUCGGAGAUUGUCUUCUCCAUCUUCCACAAGAACCUGAGUGCCGCCCCGUAUGCAACAAAAACUCCAAGAGAUGAGCUGCUGGGAACUGCCAGGGUUCCAACCAGGGACCUGUUGACCAAAAGAUCAGGUAUCCGAGGCUGGUACCCAGUAACUCUCCCGGAGGAUCUGGUGUCCUCUCGUUGCGAAAAUGUCCUGCAGACUGUCGUCGGAGGCCUGGAGGUUUCUGUAACAUUUGCUCACUCUGAGGACCGAGAACGCGUUCUGGAUGCUGCUAAACUUUUAGGCUGGAACUGGGAGGAAAGCUGCACUGAGGGCUUGCAGGAUGACGAUGAGGAUGGAGGCCAGCCUGCUCGAAAGCUUGCUGUGGUGACUGUGUCCAUCCCUUGCCUGUGGCUACCACUGAAGUGUGUGUUACUUGCAGGACAGACACACUUAAACAAACGUGUCUAUUGUUACCUUCGCUAUAAGCUAUAUGAUCAAGAGGCCACGUGGACAUCCCUUCGGAGGCCCAAAUUAGCCGAAGACCAGAACCAUGUGACUGUGACCUUUAAGAAAAGCAAGCAAAUGGACCUUCCCUGGAGCCAAAUGUUGCUGUGGUACUUCAGGGAGGAAAGGUUGGAGGUCCAGGUGUGGCGAGCCUAUGGGAACGAAGGCAGCACAGAGAGACCCCUGGAGACGGACCGUCUGAUUGGGUCAGCCUAUGUGGACCUCGCGGGGCUCGGAGGGAGCUCAAGAAGAAAGCAAACAGUUAGUGGUGUCUUCCCCUUGUUCCGACGCAAUGCUGCAAACCUGCUGGGAGCAGCCGCACGAGUUCACAUCACGGUGGCUUCCUCCAGCCCUCACGCACCUGAGCUUGCUGAAGAUGGGAGCAGUGGUGGCGGCAGUGGCGACAGCAGCGAAUGUGAAAUGAGAGAGGAGGGACCGGAGCAAGAUUUGGAGCGCCCCCUGGAGCCACAUCCCCCUGUGGCAGAGAUCCUGCAUGAGAGAUCGCCAGAGGUGCCUCCUCCUCCAGAGGAUCCCGGGAAGACGUUUGCAGUUAGCAUCCUUGUGGAAAGGGCCAUGCACUUAAGCUUGAAAGGGAGUCCCCUUACCGAACGCGGAGUGAUGUCGCCCAGUAGCUACGUGUCCUUCGUCACUGCUGAUGCUGAUCUCCCCGUUACCACAGAAGUGGUUGAAAAUACAGACUCACCUGUGUGGGACUUCCAGCAGCAGACCAGACUCUCCAAAGAGCUUCUCUUGGAUCCACAACAAACACUGGUCUUUAAAGUGUGGCAUAAAGCAGCAGAUGUCGAGCGAGUGAUCGGCUUUGCCUCCGUGGAUCUCUCCCCACUCCUCUCUGGCUUCCAGGUCGUGUGUGGCUGGUACAACAUCACGGACUUCAGCGGGCAGUGUCAGGGGCAGAUCAAGGUCGCUGUCUCCCCGCUUGAAAGCAUCCUCCAUCUCAAGGAAGAGAGGCAGGCAAGGAGCCGGACGAAAGCGCCAGGAUCGGCCAUUCCGGCCUCAAGCCCUUUUGCGCUCCACGUGGCGUUCCCCGCCUUCGCCACACGAAGUAGCGAGAUGCUUUUUCCCUCUUCCUUGAAGGGCGCAGAUGCUGCCGGUCAUGCAGGAACGGGGUCUUCCCGGCCCUGGAUGCCUCGUCACGAAGAGCACGUGCAGAACAUCCGCCAGUUCCAUGAGUCACUGCAGCAGGCAGAAGGGACCACUAGCCAAGUGGGGAGGCUGGACUCGCUGUCCCAUUCCUCACGCAACUCCCUUCUCAGGACACUCAGGAAAAACCUGAGUGAGCUGGAUGAGAUUCAGAGGUACUUCCAUCAGAAGUUGACCAAGCCUUAUCCCGACGUAGGUCCUUCCGGUAGAAACCUAGAUGACCCUGGUGCCAGGACGGUGGACCCAACAGGUCGCCAUCUCUUGGCCAAGUCCAACCAUCUUGUUUCUCAAGUCAGCAGCCUGCUUGUUGACCUUCAGAAUAAUAUGAGAAAUGCCGAAGAAUCUGCAAGUGCUCGCGGAGAUGGUCGCAGAUCCCUGAGCGCCAGUGACUCCCUUCGUGGUGUUCUGGACCAGAGCAAGGGUCCUGCCGGGAGCAAGGUGUCCCAAGCUGAGCCGAGGAAGGAACCCGCAAGAGCGUGCGUCGACCAAGGGCCUUUGUGCCCCCUUGUGAACUCCCCUUGCGGAAGAGGCGAGCCGUACGAGUUCCUUGGCCAAGGCGACUCGCCGAGCGGCCCUCCGUCGCCCACACACUGCCACCAGCAAGCAGAGGACACGGCCGAGUCCCACAGUGAGGGCGAGUACGACGAGGACAUCAUCGAGCCGAGGACUCUGAAUGAAAUCACUGUCGUGACUGACAAAACCAGCCCCUGGUCCAGCGUUCUGUCCGAGCCGGAGGGAGACCAAGAAGCAGAGGUGGCCAGGGGCACGGAACCGCCCGAGGGCAGUCUUGAAGAGGGCAGCGCCAGAAGCAGCCCCUUGCCCAGCGUGCCCCAGGAAGGUCCCCGGAGCACGGCCGGCACUGCCAGGCCCAGAAACGUUCCCUCUAAAGAAGGGAGCGACCCCUGUGUGGGAAGCCAGCACCCUGACGAUGAUUCGGGAGAGCUGCUUCAGCCUGCAGCCAUCUCAGCUGCAGAUCAGCCGAAGGACGGGCCCGGAGAAGGCCAGAGUCCAGAUCUGGAAGGAGCGCUGGAAAUGCAGAGCAAAUGGGGUGAUGGAAGGCCCUUGAGGCCAGGUCAUGGUGGUGGAGGCUCUGCUACCCCUGAGGCCGUUGCUCCAGAGACGGAGGAGGGAAGGGGGGCUUCACUUGGUACCUCCCAGGCUGAGGAAGAAACCAGUUCAAGGGGUGAGAGGCAUCAGCCUUGCCCCGAAUUUCUGGAUGCCGCGCAGCAGAAUGGAAGCUGCCCUGACGAGAGUCACCGAGACCCACCUGCAGAGUCAGAUGAGCUUUCAAAGCCCAGUGUGGCGCUAUCGGACCCGGUUGUGGUCCCGAACUUCUUCCUUCCUCCACAACACCUGGAGGCCUCCAUGAGAAUGCUCAGUGUUUCUUCUGCCUCACUGGCCACUGGCAGAGUGGGAACGGGUAGGGACGCCGCCGCCACCGGAAUCCCUUGCCGAAGGGAGAACUGCGACAAGCGGCGCUUGACCCCGGCUCAGCUCCCAGAAGAGGAAAUGAAAAGGAUUGCCAAAAUAUUCUCAACACAAUUCUCCAAAAAACCGUAGCAGAGAAGUCAUGUAUCGAGGAGGCCAAAGCGCAUUGGCUGAAGCCGUGAAACUUCCAGCUGGGGCAGGAGCCGGACUUGCUUGUUUCUGAACACUUGUUUCCCUGAGCUGUGGGAGCUCAGAGCCAAGCCAAAAGCGAGUCUCACACCUGCGCAAGCCCGUCCUUAUUGGUACAGUGGUUCUGUGCCCAACCUGAGAGGUCACCAAAGACGCUCACCAAAGACGCAACCCACCGCCUUUUCGAGCCAUGUAUGACAGCCACCUUUCCGGAUCUGCUAGAAGGAGCCCCACAGCUAGCGAGGGAAGGCGACAGUUAGAUCACAGGUGCCACCAGCAGGGAAGAGGUGCCCCCCCCCCCCCCCGGCCUGGCUCUGGGCCGCAGCUGCCAUUGGGCCCCUCAGUUGCCACCCUCGGUGCUUUUGCCCCGCCUCGUAUCCUGGGUUCCUGCCUUACUCGGGGAGCCUGGCGCCUCCAUCCCGCUUGACCAAGUCAGAGGAAGGCCCUGAGCCGACGGGAAGGGGCACGCAGAAGCUGUCCUGGCCCGGCUCCCCAAAAGUCAGCGGCUGCACGGCCCAGGGCUCAUUGGCCGGGUGGUAGGAGCCACGCUGCUCUGCCCCCAGGAGGGCCAUGGAGGCUGCGGCAGGGCUUUCUCCACACAGCCAGAGCCACCUUCCCCGCUUGCUUCCGGGAGGGGAGGGAUUUUAUCUUAUGUGGGGGGUCCAGGGGGGUCCCAGGGGGCCAACAGUGGCAUCUCCCUCUCCUUCCCCACAGUUUUUUGGAUUCUUUCUUCAUUCCUUUUCCCACUUUCCUUUUUCAAACCACUCAAUGAAGAAAAUAGCCAUUUGUAUAGAAUCUGUCUCCUGGGGAGAAAGGAGGCGGGAGAUGAAGGAGUCACUUUGCUUUUCCUCCCUCACAUUCCUUUGCGGCACAAACCAGCUUCCAGCCUUGAAGGGAGACAAAAAGGAUUGUUGGUUCUGUGGCGGGCAUUUGCCCACCUGGAGCACAGACCAGAUGUCUGGGCAGAUGCCCUCAAUGGCAUGAGGAUGCUGCCUCCUAGACUAAGCUUUGCGGGGGGCGGGCAUGGGUGAAUUUGGAACAGUUUAUGUAGCCAGGGACUGCGCCCUUCUCUCCAGGGCUGUCUUCUGCUUACGAGAGCGCAUCGCGGGGACCUGUGCAUGAUGCACAUUGCUAGGUCUGAACUGUGAAUAGAGUGAUAACCAGGGUGUGCUUUUAGCUAAAUGCACCUGGCUUUGCAGAUAUAAAUUAUUCCUUUUACUGGUACUGUAAUUCUCAUUUAAGUCACUAAAAACAUCACACCUUGAAAGGACAUGGUCCCAAAUGGAAACUUAUUUGUAAAUAGUUUGUUUUUUUGGUUUUGGUUUUUUACAGUUGUGAUACUCUUUUGUACAAUAAAGUACAAUUUAUAUUUUUGUGA